CGCGCGGUACACACCUCACCGAGUGAAGCUGGAAAACGGUUUCCUUUCCCUCCCAAACAUUUCCCCAGCAGUCUGCAUGUGUGAGGAAUGCAAACUAUUCGAGGUGGCUUCGCAUUAUCAGCGGAAUGACGCAAUAACUUUGGCGCUGGUCUGAAGUUUUGGAAGUUUCCUCCAGUCCGCGUGAGUGAGUAGUGUAUGCGCGCGCACGGACGCACGGACGCACGCACACACGCAAAUACGCAAAUACCGGGACCCGGACAAAGCAGAAACGCGCGCAGCCAAACCCGGACCUGCAACUGGAUCUAAUCACUCCACACCGCUCCUCGUGCGCUAUGUAAAAAAAAAAAAAAAAAAAAAAAAGAAAGAAAAAGUAAAAAAAGUUGCGUGAAUUGGAAUCAUUUAAAGCCCGAGAGCGAGGCACCUCGCACGCGCAUGAGGUCGGCGGCGGUGAUCUGGCGGGCCGCGCGCCUGCUCGCUCUCUCGCUCGUGUGUUUGCCGCUGGUCGGUGCGCGCGGUGCUCAGGUGCGAGCCGCCACUUCGCCGCGCGCGACAAACACGCGCCGAGAAGAUUUGUUCUGCCAGGAGAAGGUCGUCAUGGUGACAGCAGGUGGCCAGAUCCAGAGCCCACGGUACCCAAACGCCUACCCGCGCAACCUCCUGCUGACGUGGAAACUGCUGGCCCCGCCCUUCACACGUGUUUUCCUGGAGUUUGAUGGGAGGUUUGGUUUGGAGGAGCCUGAGAACAACAUGUGCAGACAUGAUUUUGUGGAGGUUGAUGACAUUUCGGAAAGCGGCACCAUCACUUGGGGUCCAUGGUGUGGACGGAAAGCCCCGAGUCCCAUCACAUCCAAAAACAACAUGAUCAGUAUCACGUUCAAAUCUGAUGACUUCUUUGUCGCCAAGCCGGGAUUCAAACUCUGCUACUCCCUGCUGGUUGAUGCUCCUCCGUCUUAUUUGAAUAACUUAGAGACUGUCACAGCUGUGUCGGAGGAUGUGUCUGUCUCUAAUGCUCCAUUAUCAGCUGAUGCUUUGGAUGAUAUCAUUGCGGGGUUCAGUACAGUGGAGGAGGUUUUUAGACACCUGAACCCGAACACCUGGAGACAGGACCUGAACUCUAUCUACACACAUACGCAUACAUACCAGUACAUACCGCGGAGCUACUCUGCCAACCGUGCAAACAAACUUGAUCUGGAUCGUAUGUACGAGGAGGUGAGGCUGUACAGCUGCACACCACGUAACUUUUCCAUAAAUCUGCGGGAGGAACUGAAGGCCACCAAUGCAGUGUUUUUCCCACGAUGCCUCUUGGUGAAGCGCUGUGGCGGGAACUGUGCCUGUGGGACAGAGCAUUGGAACUCCUGCACCUGUAGCCCUGCCAAAACAGUCAGCAAACUUCAUGAGGUGCUGAAGUUCUCUCCAGGACAAAAUUUCUACAAAAAGAAAACCAGAGCACGCUGGGUUCUCGAGGAAAUCAACCUACAGCAUCAUGAGCAAUGCGAGUGUGUGUGUCACUCACGGCCACCUCGAUGAGAGACACACAUACACUCAUAUACACACACACACACACACACACACACACACACAGACACACACAUCCACUCAGUAUUUCAAACUUUAACUGAUGUAGCUAAUGUAUCUUUCUCUGUAUGUCUGUACUUUUGUAGUUUUUAUCCGUCUUCACACACACUAUUAUUUAUUUCUGUUUUAUGUUUAUUUUCUUGCAAACAAAGAAAAUGGGACAAAGCCGAUCUAAGACUGUUCCUACUUUUUCCUCACACACAGACACACACACACACACACACACACACAUUCCAGUCAUCUCCCUGGUUCAGGAAGAUGAAAGUAAAGGCCAGAGGUGUGUGUUUUCACUGGUUAUCCAAAACAGUACAUUCCCCUCAUACCAGCCCUUCCUCACACACAAACACACACACACACAUACACGCACACUGCGGAAAGUAUGAUUGGUGUAGCUCUGUUUGUGAGAUUUUGGGUUCCAUUUUGGUUAAACCCCACACUCAGAUUCAAAUAUUUUCUGUUUCAUUUGUCUUAAAAACACAUAAUAAACAGAUUUUCAAGGUUCAGCAUUCA